CGUCCCGUUGAAGAUUCUUUUUUUUUUUUUUGUUUCACGUUUUGUAGUUUUACUGCAAUAGGAUGUAGGGUAAUUUGCUAUGAUAUGAGGUGUUAAAUAAAUCCACAUGGCGUUAUUCUAUUGGGUUGGUAGACCAUGUGUCAGGCUGACGUGGUUCUACUGGAGGACAGAAAAAUUUCUCCUUUAGAAGGAUGGUUUGAAGUAAAGAAAGAGAAAUUUUUGCUAUUGACAAAAUUAGCACUUGAGAUUGGAGAUUUGAAUGAAAGGUUUUACAACCUUGCAGAAAAGGUUGAAGAACAACUAAAUGAUGGGGCUGGCGAGAUUCACAUCGACAUAAAGAGUUACUAUCUACUGAACUUAUGUUUGACUUCUCUAUGGAGAACUCAAUUCUUGAAGACUUUUUUUCUUUUCAUUUCAUUUUUGUUGAUGAAUAUGCAAGAGGGUCUUAUGAUACUUUUCGCCCAGGGCCUUGAAAAACUCAGGACCGGCCCUGUUACUAACUACUAAUGUCUCCAAUUAAAUCUGCUCAUAUUUCU